AUGUCUCCAACCGUCGUCCUCGUCACCGGUGCAAACCGCGGCAUCGGCUACGAAAUCAUAAAAGCCCUCGUCCAAUCCCCCCUCCCCUACAAAAUCUUCCUCGCCGCCCGCGACCCCUCCAAGGGCGAAUCCGCCGCCUCCUCCCUCCGCCCCCUCGUCAACCACCCGAAAACCUCCAUCUCCGUCCUCCAGCUCGACGUCUCCUCCCCGCCCUCCAUCCAGUCCGCCGCCGAACAAGUCCGCCGGGAAGCAGGCAGGCUCGACGUCCUCGUUAACAACGCCGGCAUAGUCGACCAGGCCCCCGACCCCCUCGCCCGCCUGCGCAACACCCUCGAGGUCAACACCAUCGGCCCCUUUGCCGUCACGCAGGCCUUUAAGCCCCUCCUCAAGAUCCAGCCCGAGGGCGAGGAUGCAGAGCCCAAGACGAAGCGCAUCAUCCACGUCUCCAGCGGCCUCGGCUCCAUCGGCGAGAGGCUCAACCCAAAGGGCACCUAUUACGCCGUCGGGUCGCCCGAGUACCGCAUGAGCAAGGCCGCCCUCAACAUGCUCGCCGCGUGCGACGCCUACGAGCUCAAGGACGACGGCGUAAAGGUCUUUGCCUUUGAUCCCGAGUUUGUGGCCACGACCUUCGCGAACGGCGACCCUGAGGAGCGCCGCAAGAUGGGCGCGUUGGAGCCGAGCGUCAGUGGCGAGAGCUGUCGCGACAUCAUCGAGGGGAAGCGAGAUGCCGAGACAAACAAGUUUGUGAGCAUCAACGGGAAGGAUUGGCCAUGGUAA